UUUUUUCAUAUUUAGUUUUAAAGCUGAAUCCGGUUGGAGAUGGAGGCUUGCUCCAUAAUAGGAGGAGAAAGCACGGAUGCGAUAGUGAUGGAUGAUUCUCCUCCAGAUGAAAGGGGGAUUCAGGAGGCUGCUUGCCAAAGCGACAUCCCGGCGUUGUCUCUGUGCCCUCCUGACAGCGAGUGUUCAGCCGAGGCCCAGUUGACAGUCAUUCAGUGUGAAGGGGAGCUAUGUGACAGCUGCAGCAGCCUCGGCAGACCCUCUUCCUCCUGCCAGCUCUAUCACCAAGUCCCCCAGGGUCCUCAAGCUGGGGCCUACGAUUCGCCACAGCCCCGGAAAUGUCCCCAUUGCAGCAAUUACGGUCCAAUCAAACCAAACACCUGCCGCGACUGUCACGCAAACACAACAGGCCCUCACGCUGAAGGAGGUGUCGUGGUGAAAGUGGGACAUAGUCGUAGUUCUGCCCAUCAGACGUCUCGUCACGGUGCGGUGAGAUGUCAUUGGCUGCACGGGUCGAAUGAAAGCAGGACACAGAAACCGGCGCAGCGACAUGUGGUCACAGUAAGGGAUGGAGGACUCUACUGCAUCCUUAGAAAUUAUUCCCAGGUGAUAGUGGACUACCCGUUAGCGGUGAUGGUGGGUUGUGCCGUGCUGCUGCUGGGAUGCUCACUGGCCGGACUCUUGAUUGGUCCACUGCCAGACUUCUCUGACCCGCUGCUGGGUUUCGAGCCACGGGGAACAUACAUCGGAGUUCGCCAGUCCAGCUUGUCUGAGCUGCAGGGGAACACCGGCCCGGGGAGAAAACUGUCUCCUUUACCACAGCAGCUCAGUAAAAGUUUUGACGGUGCUGCCAGCGGAGACGCGAGUGGCGGCCAGGACGCCCCCAGGCUUCGCAUCAAGAGGAUGCUGGCUAGAGACUCAUCUCCAGACACGUUCCUCUGUGAUGCUCCAGGCGAGCGUUUGGCUCAGAUGGUGUUUCGAUCAGAAAACUCGGCCAGUCUCUGGAGUCUGAAGGCCAUCCACGCCAUGUGUGAGAUGGAGCAAUCCAGGAUACGCUCCCAGGUUCAGUUCCAGGACUUGUGCCAGCAGCCUGUGAGGGGGGAGCCCGAGGGAGCGUCCAGAAGCGGCUGUUGUCCGAGCUGGUCUCUGGGGAACUACUUGGCUGUCCUCACUAAUGCCUCCUGCUGCCUGAGCCUCACCUCCCACCAGGUGUCUGAGUCUCUGAACCUUCUCCGGAAAUGUGCUCCGUACUAUCACGAAGGACAUCUAGUGGAAGCCUGCGUCGAGAGACCCAAACACGGCGGCUGUUCCUCCGUCCCGUCCCGUUGUAAACAAUCCCGUGUGGUGUUCCAAAUCCUGCAUUUCCUGGUAGAUAAAGACUUCCUGAGCCCGCAGACUGUUGAAUACCAAAUCCCCACGCUGAAGUACAGCCUUCUGUUCUUACCCGUCGACAAGGGAGAACACAUGAUGGAGAUGUACAUGAGCAGUCUCGAAGGCAGGGAUCUGACGUACAACAACACCACCAUCACUGGCAUGGACUUCGGCAUCAAGCAGAAGCUUUUCAAGUAUUACCUGGCAAGAGAUUCAAUCUACCCUGUGCUGGCGGUGGUGUCUCUUCUUUUCACUAUGGCUCUUUAUCUCCACUCUCUCUUCAUAGUAGCAUUAUCUGUAAUAGCAAUCACAGGCUCCCUCCUGACCUCCUAUUUCUUCUAUAAAGUAGCAUUUCGCCUGACGUUCUUCCCUCUGGUCAACCUCUCCGCUGCUCUUAUUCUCUUGGGAAGCUGCUCCAAUCAGGUUUUCAUCUUUGCUGAUUUCUGGAAUCUGCAGCUAUCCCAGAAUCCCUCCGCCUCCCUGGAGAAGAGAGUAAACAGAGCUUUGCAGGAAGUCGGCUAUUUGAUUCUAGCGUCGGGGUUGACCUCCAGCGCGGCAUUUUUCUCUGGUUAUAUCAGCAGCAUCACAGCAAUCAGAUGUUUCUCUGUUUAUCUAGGAACGGCCUCGUUUAUCAGCUCAAUCUUGGCACUAGUGUGGCUGCCGUGCGCUUUCGUUCUGCGCGAGCGCUACACAGAGGCGUCUGUAGCGGUGCAGGGAUGGAAGCCGUGCUGCUCCAAAAACGCCGGCGGCUUCUGGGAUACGAGCUCACGUAAGAGAUGCCUCUUCACUCUCGGGCAGAAGCUGAGAGAAUUAAAGAGAGGUCUCAGCGACACUUCCAAUUUGUUGUUUCUGAAAAUCCUGCCUUGCGGAGUGGUGAAGUUUAGGUACAUCUGGGUGUGCUGGUUUGCAGUGCUCGCCGCGGGGGGCACGUACAUGUCCUGCGUUGACCCGGGCAUGAAGCUGCCCACCUUAGACAGCAGGGUCGCCCAGCUUUUCCGCUCCAGUCACCCGUUUGAAAGAUACGACGCAGAGUAUCGUCACAUGUUUAUGUUCGAGAGACAGAGGAACGGGGAGGAUAAACCGGUUACGUUAAUGCUCGUUUGGGGUGUCAAACCGACUGAUAACGGGGAUCACUUUAACCCCAACAGCAAUGGCUCUUUGGUUCUGGACCCAGAAUUUAACAUGAGCCGACCAGACGCUCAGGUUUGGCUGAGGGACUUAUGUGGACGGGUUCAGAACCAAAGCUUUUAUUACCCUCCGUCACCUGAGGAUAAAGAUGUUAUAACAGACAAUAUCUGCCUUGUGGAUCAGCUAACACAGUGGGUGUCAGUCAGACGGUGCUCAGAGACUGAUGACUCCCUCCAUUUCUGCUGUAAUGACAUCCCUUUCCCCUACCCUCCCAGCGUUUUUGAGAACUGCCUCGGUAUGAUGCUGGCGGAGAGGUAUGCUGAGGGCCAUCUGGCCCACAGCGGAGGCCUGUUCUUCCAGCCAGAUGGCAGUGUCGCUGCCCUCGUGUUGGCGUUCAAAACCACAUACCUCUACAGCUUCAACUUCAGCAGAACCAGCCUUUUCUACAGAGAAAUUCUGACGUGGUUUAACAGAGAAAUAUCAGGGGCACCACAAGGGCUGCAGAACGGCUGGUUCAUCAGUCAUCUGUCUCUUUUUGAUCUACAACAAGCUUUAAGCUCAGAGAGUCUAGUAGUAGCUGGCUUCUCAAUAGCUCUCACAUUUGCUUUGCUCCUAUUAACCACCUGGAAUAUACUACUGAGCGUAUACGGGACUGUAGCUGUAGGAGGAAGUGUGUUUGUCACCAUCGGCCUCCUUGUUCUUCUUGAAUGGCAGCUGAGCGGCAUCGAGGCUCUGUUUAUAUCAGCAGCAGCAGGGCUGUCCGUUGACUUUGUUGCCAACUACUGCAUUUCCUACAGCUUGGCUCCUCAUUCAGACAAAAUUGGCAAAGUAGCACACUCGACCAAAAGGAUGGGAUGUCCCGUAGCAAUAGUUUCUGGUGCAUUUUUCUCCAUGGGGAUCAUCAUGUUGCCUGCCACCGUCUUGCUGUUCAGAAAACUGGGGAUUUUCCUCUUUCUGGUGAAAUGUGUAGCAUGCGGAUUUGCAACCUUCUUUUUCCAGUCCCUGUGCUGCUUUUUUGGACCCCAGAAAAACUGCGGAAGGAUCGCACUGCCGUGUUUUUCGGACCACAACGAUAGCGUGCUGUCCUCUUGCUCUGCGGCGGAGCCCGAUUCCUCGUCUGCCAACGGGGCCUUUGGCAGAUCUAGAGUGAGGAGGAGUUAUGACAAAGAAGCAGGUGGCUACCUCUACCCCGACCAGCGUCAGCAGAGACAGAAACAGACCGGAGCGGGUGGAGGCGGGGGCCGAGGGCCGGAGCAGUACGAGCUGCAGCCAUUGGCCUACCGCCUGAGCGACAGCUUUGAAAACAGCACGUGCACCAGUAAGCUGUCCAAUCGGCCGUCUGUGCUCUCUGAUGAGAUUGAGUACUGUGGGAGGAACAGCAUGGGUGGCGACAGUGAGGAGAUGUGCAAUCGUGAACCACCUCCAGCCCUCCAGACUUCAUCUCCAUACAGAGAAAACACCCUCCGGCCUCCAGGCCUGGCACAAGACGACGUAGCGAAGGACACGCUGCUGUGUAAAACAUGCAGAGGUCAGUCUGGUGCACUGCAGCACUGGAGCAACACAUCCUUCUCCUCAUCCUCCAGCAUAGAGGACACCAUCAUCAGCCACACGCUGGAGACCAUUGACCAGCCGUCUCUCUGCAAAGACGACCCAACCACAGAGGACAGCCACCAUCUCCAUCCCCACCACUCCAAUAAAGGGCACCUCUCCUCCCAGUCUCAGAGCUCCUGCGAGGGUCUGGAGGACUCUAAUGAAACAUGCCUGAGUGACAUUGAACCAGGGCCUUCCAACACGCAGCAAAACGAAGGAGAAGAAGAGGCUCAGUUACAACCAGGACAUCUGAACGGGAAGAGAGACACACUUCGUCUCUCGCUGAAAGAAACAGUUUAUGAGACUAGUAAAGGGCGCAUCAGUCAGAGUGACGAAAUCGUCAUCUUGCCCAACAGUAAGCCGGACCUGCCGGACGUUUGGAUAAAGAGAGAUGGACAACGGGAGGAUGCAUGUUGAGCAAAUCAAACACUGUGCUUACACAUGCGUAUAGAAACUACUAAAGGGAGCUGUUACUUUUGUGUAAUACUCAAAGGAAAUAUAAGCCAACUGCAAAUGUAACACGUGACAGCAUGUUUGUCCGAUGUUGCUGCUAAGGUUGUCACAGUGUUACAGGGUCAGAGCAUGACGUGUCUCUUCAGCAACAGGUCGAAUCAAAGCAUGACUUGUUACAACUUUUGAGACAGAAGACAAUGAAAGAUGAAGCUUUCUUACAAACAAAAACAUCAAGUACCGCACCUGCUGCUGCAGUUUACUUUGUGCCUGGAACUUUUUAACAUCUGCACAGACUGGGUUAUAACAAAAUACAGCGUGCAGCCGCUGGCCUUUCUCCACGCUGGAGUCGACCUCAAUGAGCCAUAUACAUUCAUGGACUUCUGAAUAUUAAAAGAUAAAUGUGAGAUAUACAGAGCUGCAUUGAGUAGCAAACUCUCACUUAACUAUUAAUCAGCUGGUUUUGCACUUUGUGGCGAUAAUAUGUACAGUAUGUCCUUUGUGACCAUGACGUAGAAAGCUAUAAUGUGUCAUUUGUAGUGUCAUGGCUUUGUUUGCAUUUUGUGUUUCACUGUCAAAUUAGCUGUUUAUUCCAGUGUCAGUGCCAAAACAACGUAAUGUUUACUUACUGUACUAAAAGGCAAAAAAGGGGUUUCUAACACAGAUACAACACUAUAUGUGGGUUUAUACACUGUUGGCGAAUUAAGGUGCGUACUACUCCAGGACACAUGGAUGUCAGUGUAUGUCUCAGCCUUUAAAAAGGAGGAAGAGGAAGUUGUAAUUUAUAUUUCUAAAGCAGUAGUUGCACCGUCACUGCUUCAACAGCUAACAAUUUGUACAUAGACCUUGCUGCAGCACUGUUGAACAUCUAAAAGGAACAGAAAGCCUUUAUUUACACCCCUCCCCACAGCUGAGAUGUCACAUCAGCUGUUUUUAUGUGCAAAUAACAAUAUUUAUGACAUGAACAGCAUGUGCCAAAUGUCUUUCAACAGGUUGUUUCAGACGCUGAAACAACUGAAACUGUGUGUUUUGUGCAAAGAGUGUGUCCUUUAAAAAAAUAAGAGGUGUGUCUAUGGUCGUUAAUAUGAUUUUAAAGUAUAUAAUAAAAAAGGUGUAAGAGGUGCAGUGAUGGUGGUUCAGCACAAAGACCUGGACAAGAAGAAACUUACAGCGCUAUUUUCAAGCUUUCUCUUUGGAAGAAGUGUUUGCUUUUGACAUCUUGACUGUAUAAUCACAAUUCUUCAACGAGCCUUCAUUUUAAAAAUCACUCAGCAGAAUAAAUAACCUGCCUUAGAGACGAAUGAAAUUAAUCACAGGCUUUCUAAGAACUUAAGGUCACCACCACUAUUAUUUACAGGUGUCGAUGUUAAUUUUUCACAAAACUGAAAUAAAAUAAAACAUUUAUUUUUCCUGCA